UGGUGCAGUUGACUUGGUGGUGGUGGCGGUGGUAGAGGCUUCAGUAAUCAAAAGGAUCUCACCCCAACCAACUAGUGGAGUAAGGUCGUAGGAAAGAGCCAAUAGAAUCUUUAGGAAGCCGCGACCCGCUUUGGGGUGACUCCACCUUUGCCAUCGGUCUGGUCUUGGCCACGCCGGUUCCGGGGACCAUGGAGGACAACGUGAUUCCCCGCUUGCGCCAGCAGACGCCCUACGACCAGGCUGAGCUCUUCUUCCGCAGCGCCAAGUCCAUGACCGAGUCCUUGGGCGGCUUGGAGGAUGCCGGGUUCUGGUCGGUGCAGUGCUUGUCGUUGGUGUCGCUCUACACGCUUACUGUGUCCAAGCGGAAUUGCUCCUAUGCCUAUUAUGGUACGUUUUGUUUUUCUCUCUUUUUCCUUCUUCUUUCCUUUUUUUUUCUUUCAUUUUUCCGUACCUGUCGUCGGCCUCAACUCACACACCUAGGCAUGACUCCGAUACGCUGUUUACAUUUGACCAGAUGAGCUGGAGCUAUAACGAGUAUCCGCCGAGCAUGCCAUCCGACAUGGGCG